UGUUUGACAUCCUAGGCUAUAGACUUUGUCCUUAUACGUCGGACAUUCACACAGGAACGCUCAGGGGUGAAGAUGUGGCCAUUAUACGCGUGAAUGUAUAUUGUCAUACGUAAUAGAGACGCUACCUGCACAACAAAUUAGAUAUCACGAUGACCCCCCUUAGCCUAUCAGGAUGGAUUCUUUUGUUCAGUUGUGUCUGGUCCAACCUACAUGUACAUUGCACCACCAUGGGAGAAACUUCCAGCCCAACAGAACAGACCCACGAUAUGGAGGACCCCGCGGAGAAUAGAAAUUCCACCUGUUCCAUUUCAAUAUUAAGUAAUCCUGAUAUAUUCACAUCACCACUAUAUCAGCUGAAUGGCACCGACAUUGGCUCGACCUUUGUAACCUUCUCCGUGUCACCGAAUCCGGAUUCCCCAUCCAGUCCUUGCUACAUCUCUACCGAUACCAUUGUUGAGGAACUAAGCUUCAUUCACGGCGUUGUCCACCUCUACUUGAUUCUGGAAUGUUCCGCUAAUAUCCCUCUCCGAAUUCAAGCCGCAAACCAGUCAGAAUUGGACAGGCAAGAGCGAACGUUGAUGACGUUGCACAUCCGGCGCUGUGUGCUAGACGUGGCGGACGUGGGGCUUAUCGGUCAGAUUUGCAGACUGCACGCCAUUCUCCUGAAAGACACAACCAUGACUGAAGACACUCCUAGGGACAUGUACCAUGCUGAGGGUUUCUCUCAGCUUCGUACUCUGGUCUUCGUCUAUUCUCUGUGGCCGGCUCCAAUCGAAGCCUUGCCCCUGAAUUCCAGCUACUUCUUUAACAUAAGCAAGUUAACGUUACAGGGUGUGAACAUGAAGGGGUUCCCUGAUUAUAUACCACAAAACUACCCUAAUUUGUUGAGCCUGACAUUAAUAUCAUGCUCUUUGGAACAUCCCCCAGACAUUUCCCUGGACAAUGCCUCUCCGGAGAUUUUACCUCUGGGUCUAUCCCUGACUAAGAAGGAAGUGUACAGAAAAUUCCAGAACGGAAUAUACCAAAGUCCGACCAUCGUUCCCCGAGUCCUGAAACUUGUGUACAACAACUUCCGCGAUCUCUCCUCAUACACAUUCCGUGGCAUUCUACAUUCACUAGUUCUCAAUAAUAACCGAAUACGUGUGCUUGGGGAAGACGCAUUUUCUAGUGUAAAAGGUCUACAAAGCAUUCACCUUUCUGGUAACAUCCUUCGUUCAUUACCCGAAAAAGUGUUCUUUGGUUUGGAUGAUCUAAUACUUGUAGACUUGAGUCAAAAUGGACUCAGUGUGCUGCACCAAAAUCAGUUUAAAGGAUUAAAAAAUCUGAGAAUAAUUAAUCUUGAGGCGAAUGCACUGACUUCCAUUCACGUCGAUACGUUUUCUCAUUUACCAAACAUCGCGUUUAUCAACAUUGGAUGGAACAAGUUAAAAUGGCUGGUUCCUGGAACCCUUCCGGUUAACUCUCCUUAUUUUGUUUCAAUCGACCUUGGCAAAAAUCCUCUUGAGCAUGUAAGCUCGGAACUUUUCUUCACGAACUCCUUAAAACGCAUUGACCUUAGCUAUACUGGGAUCUCUUUUGACCAAAUUUUGGAUGACUUAGACAACAUAACGCAUGACAAGCUCAUAUUUUCACCUGGGAAUGACCCGUACUCCAAUGAAAAGCCCAUUCUAAAUCUCGGUUGGAACAAUAUUCGAAGUUUCCCAACUGUUGUAAAACUUGAGAAACCUACCCCUGUAGAAAUGGACAGAAAUUUAAAACUCAUCAGCAUUAUGAACCAUUUUUGUGUAGAUUUGACUGGAAAUGAACUUCAGUGUAACUGUGACUUGGGUUUAGCAGUGGGGAUUCUGGGACUGCACCAAGUGCAAAGCUACGAUGCCCAAAAAGGAGGCCCCGUGCCCUUAGACUGGAAUACGUGUUAUCGCGGAUGGAGUUGCGGGGGCCCCGGACUUCUUCGUGGUGUGCCCGUGCCCAGUGUAAACCCUCUUCUACUCUACUGUCCACUGAACACGUCUGCUUGCCCAAAACAUUGUGACUGUAACAUUGAUUUCAGUUCCAAUGUUACCGUCGAUUGCUCAGGAAAGAAUCUGGAUAGUUUUGUCGAAACGUUGCCCAAAGGAGCAACAAAAAUUCACCUUCAAGGCAAUAACAUAAAGAAGAUACCAUCUUCUUUGAUGCCAGGUCUUGAUAAGGUCAAAACUUUGGUUCUCUCAAACAAUUCAAUACAGGAACUUACGCACAAUAUGUUUACCAGUCUACCAGAGCUUACAUCGCUCUAUCUGGACGGCAACAAUCUCAGUAGACUCCCAAAGGUUCUCAACAAAACGCACAUAAACAUAAAAGAUCUUAAGUUAUCGGGAAACUCUUUCCCUUGUGACUGUGAUAAUAAAUGGAUGAAACAGUGGCUUUUGCACAAUAAGGCAGUUGUUCAGGACUGGGACUCUGUGGAAUGUAAGACACUGAACAACACGUUCCAGCCGAUGGUGUCUACGGACGACAGUGCGUUUGGUUGUCCUCCUCAACCCGUUGAUGACACCUCUCAGAUCGUGACCCUUUCUGUUGUUCUUGGUGGCACCGUUCUUCUUCUGGUGCUUUUCUGUUACUUCCACAAACAGCUGCGAGCUUGUGUUUUCGUGCACGUAAAGCUAUCGACUUGCGGAAAGCAGAUGGCGCCGCUCAGUCUCUUCCUGGUGAACUCACGCGAGGACGAAACCUGGGUAGAAACGAGGCUGACAUCGGUUGUGCGGAAAUACCCGAACUGUGAGAAAGUUGUUUCUAUCCGAGACUUCAUGCCAGGUUUCCCGACUAAGGACAACAUUUUAAUGUUCCUCCAAAACAAUUCCGUCACAGUUUUGAUAUUGUCACAGGCGUUUUUUUCUAACGAUAUUUGUAUUGAAAUAUUAAAGAUCUUAUCCGAACAUGCUGGCAAACCAGUGGACGGUAGGAUAGUCGUGGUCAUUAAAGACUCUCCUGUCAUGGAAGACAUAGAUUAUCGCACUGCCUUGGAUGAUGUCUGCACACAGAGUUUAGUGAUAAACGCAGAUACUUGUGCAUUCAGAGAACUUGUCAUCCAUGCCGUGUUGUCAUCCAACUUGUCAGCACCACGGCACGUCAAGAAAGUGGCCACCAUGAACAGAACUUACGACGAGCCCCCAGUUGUUGUAUCGACCGACAGCGUGCGUCUGGACGACUUAGUCGUGGGGCCGUUUUUGUAUGACGUGUCUAUGAUGUAUGGGGAUAGUGACACGGGGCUAGUUCUGGGUCAGCUCCUACCUCAGCUCACGGGUCAUGGGUACCGAGUGGGGAUCCCUGACAGAGAGUUCCUACCGGGAUCUGACCAUGCUGAAAACAUCGAGUCACUUCUCACUAACAGCCGGAAGGUCGUCUUCUUUCUGUCCGAGUCGCUGGUACGUGACGAAUGGUCCUCGUUCGCGUUUAAGCUUGCCACGGACCUUAAGAGUUCCCAUGGAUCGAACUAUCUGUUUGUUGUUCUUGGUGACGAUGUGCAAAAAGACACUCUUGAUGGAGACAUUCUCGUUUACACUGAGAAUCACGUGUGUUUAACAAAAGACCAACAUAUUGGAACAACUUUGCUGAAAUGUCUUAACCAACCUUCUGGGUUGAACCCUACGGAGCCGUGAUCUGUUGAUUUAAAUUUAUUUUUUUAUUUGAUUGGUGUCUUACGCCGUACUCAAGAAUAUUUCAGUUAUACGACGGUGGCCAGCGUUAUGCUGGGAGGAACCCGAGCGGAUACCGGGGAAACCCACGACCAUCCGAGGUUGCUGCCAGACCUGCCCACUUACGACCUGCUCGUUGAAUGGAGGAUAAAAGAAAAAGGAUGUAAGGAUCAUCACAAAAAUGAUGAAAAACUGUAUUAAAUAUAUGUGUACUAUUUAUUUCAGAUAUUGUGUUGACCGAGAAAAGUACUAAUACUUUGGAAUAGUGAGGUUGGUGUUAUCGGCCAUAUUUUGGUAUGGUGAUGCAAAGGCAUUUUUUCUAACCCAAACUGCAUUUUUCUGAAAUCUAUUUAUGCAAUACUACAUGUAACUAAACCUAUGAAUCACACUAUCUGAUAUUAUACACAGAUUACGCUAAAAGUGAAAAAAUAAUGAUAUGAUGGUAAAUCAUAACACCAAAAUAUGGCCUUUAUGCACCUUUAUAUACAAUCUAACUGUAAUUUUCUCGGUAGAAAAAGACUUCAAAAAUCUUUCUCAUGAUUGUUGUCCUGUAUGUUUUAUUCUUCAUUUAACUCCUAUAGUGAGAAUUGCAACUGACUGCGCUUAUUCGAUCAGGCUUCUCCGCGGCAUGAUGUGUGCUGCUGAAAUAUGCUUUUCUCAAUUGUUAUAUUUUUGUAUAAUUUCUAUGAUUCAUAUAAUAAGACUUCUACAUGCCUGUUUUGUUACGCUGAUUGUAUUAGUCAUAUUUGAUAUAAAAAGCGACUUGUGCUAAAUAUAUAAAUGUGCUCAAAAAUGUAUAUAUUUGCAGUGAGAAAAUGUGCGUACAACUGUUAUGAAUAACGGUAACAAAAAACCAAAAAAAAGAACAAAAAAUGCUGUGUGAACUGACGACAGUUCCAGAGACACCACACAGUGUACUGUUUUCUACAAAAACCAAUUUCCCCAACCCACAAUGCGCAUUUUUCACCUUGAGGACAUCUGCUUGGAUAUUCCUUCGCAAGCAUAUUGCAGUCGUAAAAUUACCAUAAGGCCUUCAACUGACAGGCGUUUUUAUU